CCAGCAAAAUGGCAGUCUCGGUAUGCUACCGCCCGUGAAGAAGCGCAAGAUAUCCUGCGAUUUUGGCACGUCUUGCGGGUCGGAGGAUUGGAUGUCACGGGUGAUUACCAUUCGGGUAUGGCUUUUUUUUUUGUGCUUGUCUUGCUAUUGUUUGAUAUCGGGUUUGGUGUCAAUCUGCUGGAAUAUACCAUCGAACACUUUGAGGUGAUGGUGCUGAUGCACAAUCCACACUAUGCUAUACACCACAUCACAAGACUCCCAUGUCAUGCAAGACUAACAAUGGCAAUACGAACGAAUUCAGGCACCAGUUACAUCCCUCUCGCAAGACCCCUUCGUCCUCACCCCCAUCGCCCUGAUCCCGCGCUCUCGUAUCCCCUUCGCUUGGUUGGAGUAUUCACCCUCCGGUCCGCAUUCCGGUUCGAGCUUGACGUCAACCAUCGCACCGCCACUCCACCCCGGUUGUCUUUUCGUGGCGCAUAUCCCUGUGCUAGAGGUUUGUCAUGGUGAUGCUUCUGGUGGUAAUGGUGCCGGUCGAUCGAGACGAGAGCCGAUGGUGCUCGCUGCGAGGAUGUCGCCCGGCGGGGAGUUGGUGGUUGUGGAGAGGGUGAAGAGGGGGAUCUUUGCGCUCCUUCGCGUGGCGGAGGC